AUGCUAAGAUCAACUUCUGUUAAGCAAGGGUCAACUUCUAUUAACCAAGGAUCAACUUCUAUUCAACAAGAGUCAACUUCAACUGCAAAUCCCACAGAGCCUACUCAAGUUGCUUGUUCUCCCACGGUAGAAGAGAUCACUAAUACUAAUAGUGGUGCAGUUUGCAAGAAAGUGCGUGGUGAGACUCGAUGUCUUGAGCUAUCCAAGAGGAAGCGCGAUGGUGUUCAACUUGAUAUUGAUAUUCCAAAGCAUACUAUGAGAGCUGUAGGAACAAAUUGUCAAUUCUACAUUACAGGUAUGGGGUGCUUUGUUCGAAAAAAUGUUCCACUGCAAAUUAAGAAGUGGUCUGAGCUCUCAAGAGAAGAUGUUGCUUUGCUAAUUCGCCAUGCCCGUGAAAAAUUCAAGUUGAGCAAUGAGUCUCAUGUGGAUGAGGCAAUUGAGAAACAUAUGAUGAGAUAUUUUACCACUUGGCGCUAUAAUUUGCGUAAGAAAUUUCUGAAAUAUGACUCAAUAGCGGAAGCUGUAGAAAAUUGACCUGAAGAUGUGGAAGAGGAAGAUUGGAACUAUUUGAUCGCAAAUCUGUGGCAAGAUGGAAAGU